UUUUCAAGUGAAUUAAACUCCGGUUACCAGUGCAAUCCGCCAGAACAACGCGGUUAAUAGAGGAAACAUAUAUAGUUCAGACCAAAGAGGAAAAUUACAAAAGACUGCUUCGGGGAACUCAAGAGUUCUAGAGAAUAUAAAAGCGCUGUCCAUUGGCAAACGGAAGUUAGUGAGCGGAAGAAGAACAUGGAUAUCCAACCACAGACCUUGAGGCUGAUUUUCCUUUGGAACUGCCUGGCCAUUGGGCUAUCGCUGAUGUCAGGAGCAACUGCAUCCGGACAUGACGUCAGUCCAGCUUCCAGGGAUGCUAACAGUAGCCAGCAAAGUUGUGUGGAGGUCAGAAACGCAGGUGGCCAGGGCGAGCCAUUCUACAUGUGCCGUGGCGCGGAGUCCACAGGACCUGGAGCUGAAAAUCAGCCCUCCAUGGAGCAUAUGCCUCCGUUAAAUCCUCAGCCCGCAGUACACCAUGAUUCCGGUCACAACUUUCCCGUGUUUCCCGCCUUUGAGGGCGGGUCAUAUCCGCAGCAGGCAGUCACAGAAGACCCCACUCGCAUCCACCAAGUCCAGCCGGCGGGUCCGUCGUCAUACCAGGAGGAGCUCCACCGCCAGCCUCUUCCUCAGCAGCAUCAGCCCCACGCCCAGUACGGAUUCUACGGAGGCCCCAUGGCAGCCCCUCCAACUGCAGCUCCAGCGCAGUCAGCUGGCGUGCCGGAAUUUCAUCACCCAACUCUGGGCAGCCCGCCAGCAGCUCCACCAGGAGUUUCAGCUGGCCCAGGCCCAGCGUCCACGGCCCCUUCGUAUGAUCCUGCAGCAUUUCCGAGGACGCCAAGUCGUCCCAAAGAGAACGAAGUAGCCGGAAAUGGUAGACAUCGUUUCACCUUCGACGACGAUGUGCUGGCUGUGCCGGAUGUGGGAUUUAGGCGAGAGGAGCUACAACAGCAGUACCGCAGGCCAGUGAAUCAACCGGGAGCCCAAGAUCAGUUGAUGUGGGUGCCAUUGUCACAGACGCAGGAUCCCGAGAACGAUCCGGUUAUGAAGGCAUUCUACAGCAGUCUGGCAGUCGAAGGACACCCCGCACAGGAAGCACCAGUGGGCAACCAGGAUGAGCCCAUGGUGGGACAAAUGGCCCCCGGCUAUAGCCCCUACAACGGCCAAUACCCAGAGGCACCUGCUCCGCCGACGCUGCCGCCACCACCUCCGACUUAUUCCCAAGCUGAUGUGACGCCCUCUGCCAACACAUACUGCAAUGGAUGUCCUCCCACCGCACCACCUAUCCAAUGUCCCACGCCACUGGACAACGGAGUGAGCUACAGCACCACCUGUCCGAGCUUCCAGCCGGUCAUCAUAAGCAUGCCCUGCUACGCACAACGUCCACCAAAUCCCUACUUUGGACUUCCUAGGGCACCACCAGCAUUGGCUCCAGCCGGUCCCUUUGGUGGUGGAUUUGGGUUGGGUGCCCAGCUGGGAAGCCCUUUCGGCAUGACUCCUCAGAUGGGGGGACGGGGAUAUGACAUGGAGCAGCAGGUGGGUGGCCCCUUCGGCAUGGGAAUGCAGCUCGGAAUGGGAAUGAACCCAUUCGGACCUUUCGGAGCCCUCAACCCUUUCAAUCCGUUCAACAGAAUUCUGGGUGCACCAGCUCCCAAUCCUCCAACACAAAAUGGUAACUUUUUUCAGCGCGUAUUCAAAUUCGACCAGAACGCUGUCCCAGCAUCGACCACAGAAGUUGCUCCUUCCACAGAAGCUCAGACGGAACGAUCGGGAAAGCUGAACUUCUCCAGCAGCACUCCGGCGUCGCCCAGCUCAGAACAGCCGGAUUCCAUUCUGGGCGAUGACCUGGAGAGUGCAGAGGAUGUGGACUCUGCCGAAGACAUCGAUAAGGAGGAUGAUCCGGCGGUGACCACACCGCUCCCAGCUUCCGAGGCAGAUGAUUCCGCUGACGCAUCCGGAGUGCCGGCCAUCGUGAGCAAGGCGACGGAUCUUCUCAAGCCCACGGAGAAACGGAAGCGACAACGUCAGCGCUCCAAUGGGCGUGGCACCCAAAAGCACAGAUACCUCCAGCAGUUGUAGUCCCAAGAUCGGUGAAUGGAAACUGAAUAAAGUUUUAUUUAUAAUGUCAAA